AAAGCACUGAAAAAAAGUGUCUUAUGACUGUUUUUCACAUGACCAUUGCAGCAUCCCCAUGGAAUUCAAAUGCUUGGGAACUGACUCACAUUUAUUACAAUUGCAGUGUCCCGAGGUCAUGUCACCACCUUUGUGACUUUCUGACAAGCAAAGUCAGUGGGCAAGCCAGGUUCAGUUAACUGAGUUACUAAGUUAACUAUUGCAGUGUUUGAUUUAACUACAACACAAAAGGACAUAAAAUGGGCCAAAAUUCACUUAGCAAAUGUCUCACUUAGCAACAAAAAUUUUCAGGUCUAGUGGUUGAGGACUAUAGCUCUUUCUGAUACAUUGUAACUUUUUCAGCAAAACCAUUUUUUCCUGUUCUACGCACCAUCUAUGAACCUUCCUAGAUUAUCAUACAGGUAGUCCUCAAUUUAUAACCACAAUUGAGCCCAAAAUAUAAGUUGCUAAAUGAGAAAUUUGUUAAGUGAUUUUACAACUUUUCUCUCCACUUAAUUUUUGUUAAGUGAAUCACUGCAGUUCUUAAAUUAGUAACAUGGCUGUUAAAUGAAUCUGGUUUCCCCAUUCACUUUGCUUGUCAGAUGAUCACAAAAGAGGAUCACAUGACUCUGGGACACUGCAGCUAUUAUAGUAUCCAAAUGUAAAUCACAUGACCAUGGGGAUGCUGCAAUGGUCAUAAGUAUGAAAAAUGGUCAUAAAUUGCUUUUUUCAGUGCCAUUGUAACUUUGAAUGGUCACUAAGUAAACUGUUAUAAGUUGAGGACUACCUGUAUUUAGGUUUCUCUUUGAUGCAACUAAAAAGUUCAUAAAUAUGAAAAAGGCAAAUAUGUAUACAAUAUGAAGAGUAUAUAGUGAUGCUUGAAAGCUUGUGAUCUUUUGAAUUUUCAGUAUUUCCACAUAAGUGUGAUCUAAAACAUAAUUUCUUUACAGUCCUUUAUAGUCCUAAAAAUACAUAAAAAGAACCUAAUUAAACAAAUGAAUCAAAUCAUUAUACUUAGCCAUUGAGUGAGGAAAAUUAUCCACACACAUUUGUGUGUGGCAAAAGUAUUACUGAAUUUGAGGUGAUUGCCUUAUUGCAUGAUUCAUUUUCUCUUGAGCUUCACUUCAUAGACAGGUAUCCUGAUGUGUUUCUGUAGAAUUUGCUGAUAUAAGUUAGAAUAUGUAGUUCCAUCAGUGACGACAAGCUGUCUUGGUCCAGGGGGAGCAAAGCAAACUCAGACCAUGGUAUUGGUUUCACAAGUGGGACAAAGUUCUUAGACUGGAACACAGCGUUUAUCGUUUGCCAAAAAUGCUUUUCAUUUAUAUUUUGGUCUCAUCUAUCUAGAGAGCGCAUAUCUCAAUAGAUUUCCAACAUAUGUGCAUGGCCUUUCCCAAACUUUAAAUAGGCAGCAAUCUUUUUCGUUGCAACUCUGCUGUAUACACCAUUGUUGUUCAGUGUUUUCCUAAUGAUAGUUUCACGAACACGAUACUUGCCAAUGCAAGAGUGGCCUUUAGUUCUUAGGAUUCUUUGAGUUCCUGAAUUCCUUGAGACCUCCUAGAGUAUUACACAUUUUGCUUUUGGUGUGAUCCUGAUUGAUUAACCACUCUGAGGGAGGUUAACAACAGCACUGAAUUGCCUCCAUCUGUAACCAAUCUGCCUGACAGUGGAGUGGUAGAAUCCAAGAUCUUUGGAAAUUCUUUUGUAACCUUUUCCAAAAUGGUGAGCAUCUCUUUCAUGGUGAGAUAUCUUUUCAGAGAUCUUCAGAAAUUUUCAUUUGAGUCAUGACAUUUCCACUUACCUGUAUAGUGAAGAUUAAACUUUGCUAGUGAAGACCCACAAUUCUCUUCUUUAAAUAAGGGAGGACUUCUCACAAUCAUACCCAAUUAUCCCUUUAAUUGAAACAUCUGGCUCUAAUUUCCACUAAUGUAGCUUUGAAUUAUUUUCUUCUGCAAAUUAAAGAGCAAUUAUGUUUUUGGUUCAUUUAACUGGGUUCUCUUUACAAAUAUUUUUCAACUUACAACUACAAUUGGGAUCAGAAUUUGGGUAAGGUUAAUUAUAUCAAAUUUUAUUGCUUUUGCCACAAUUGUUAAGCAAAUCCAGCUUCCCCUCCCACCCUUGAUUUUGUCAGAAGCCAGCUGAGAAGAUCACAAAUGGUGAUCAUGUGAUUUUGGGGCACUGCAGCCAUCAUAAAUCGGCUUGCCAUCAGAAAUUGUGGGUGCUUCACCACUGGAGGUUUUAAAGAGACUGAACAGUCACUUGUCUGAAAUGUUAUAAGGUCUCCUGCUUGGACGAGGGGAGGGUGUUGUAUGGUUGUAAAUUGUGGACUACCUGUAUCUACUUUUAAGACCUGAUGAAGAACAGAUCAUGACUUAGGUCAUAUUAUUGAAUAUUUCAUAUUCAAUAAUAAAAAUCUUGAAAAUUCAAGUGCCUUGGCAAACUUAAGCUUGGCUUUAAAUGUGUGGUGUAUCCACAAAAAUUCAAGAGAAGUGGAAUGUAUUCACACUUGUGUAAUUUACAAAUAUAUCUGUUUGUUAUAACUUCAACUAUUAUCUCCUUCAAAACUGCUUAAAAAUGCACCAUGCAGAUACCAGUUCUUGCCAUCACUCCCAUUUCUUCUCCUUACACCACCUGAAACAGGUUGCUAGCCCUAUUCUAAAAGAGCAGGAUCAGCCCUACAUUUGAAAAACUUUUCAAUUUUUGGCAGAAACUGUGAUUGACAGGUGUACCUAUACUUGCAAGUUUAAUUUCUUACUAAAAAGGACACAAUUCCAAUUAUUUCAGAUGAACAAUACAGAUUAAUUGAAUAUGAAACAAUCCAAAAAGUCAUCAAAAAUUAUACACAUGCAUACAGUUAAUUAGCAUCUUACAAUGAAUAAGGAAAGCACUUAAUAAGUAGAUUUAAUAUUCAGCUAUAAUUUAUCUAAAAGUGACAUUUUGAUCAAGAUUUGAGAGAACCAAUGCUAAAAUAUUUAGAUAAAAGCUGAGCUCUAAAGUAAAGCAAGCAGGGAUGUCUCUCCUGUUUUUCAAAGAUACACAAUCUCUGAACAGGGAAGUUCUAUUUAACUCCAGAUGAAGCCUCUUAUGCUAAACAGCUUCCCAAAUUCAUCUUCCUCCUCUGUUAAAAAAACAACACCCCCCAAUCAUGGCAGACUCUAGCAAAGGCACCCAACAUGUUACUUUACAAAAGAUGUAAAGUAACUAACUUAGAUACCAUAAUAAAUACCAUAACAAAUCCUAUUUUGGGUCUAGUCUAUAUUUGAGGGAACAGACUUGACCUUAUGAACGUUUAAGCUGAGCUCCAAUCUCUUUUCCUCUUCUGACCGAUGUCGCCUAAAAGUAGUCCAAUUCCCCUUUUAUAGGUGCCGUCCCUGUGCUCCCAGGUGUGUCCAAUUUAGCACCUUCGUUGAAAGGUUGACUCCUGCGCCUUUUAAGGAGGUGAUCGGCGUCAGGUUCUCCCUGCGGACUGUUGGUCAUGGAGGGGGAACUUUUCAUGGAAGGGCAACCCCCAGACUUUUCUGUCCUGCAGGAACUGCUCUGCCCUCCUUGCCUGGAGUCCGAGUCUAGUUGCAGUCCGGGUGCCUCUUGUUCAGCCGCCUCGGAGUUCGAGCCUUUCAGCAACAUGGCUUGUUGCCUUCAGAUACCAGAUAGCAAAGCCCUCAGCUUCUUGCAGGAGAGUACACAGCUGCUGUCCCAAGCAGAGCCAAUCAGCAGUAAUCCAGGAAAGCCUCUGUGUCAGCUGGGCCGGACUAUGCAUUCCACCCACAACAUCCAUGGACCCCAACGCAAUUGUUUCUCCUCUCCUCUAAUGCCUUUUACUCCCACUGAUGCUCUGAAUCUCAUCAGCCUCCAUUGCUCCAGCCUUAAUUCAGAAACUCUAGAUCAGGCCAAGCCCCCAGAAGCUGGGAAGAUUGCUCAUGAGAAGUCUCCCAUUACUCACUCUAAAGAGCAUAAUAAUUACCAAUUGUGGAGAGCUUGUGUGGAAGAGCCCAGACUGACCCAAAUUUCUGAGUCACAGAGAGGCAGGAGGAGAGUCUUCCGCAAGCAGCCUAAACCCAGAAGGAGCUAUGAUGCUCUGGACCCAAAUUUCCAAGGGGUAACAUUUCACAUGAAAGUGUGUCUGUGUCAAAGCUAUUCAGAGGGCUGUCGCCUUAUCAUUAACACCCAAUUCAGCAGUGGAAAAUUUAGGAAAAGAAAUGGAGUCCCAUUAGCAGAAGAGUGCAAAGCUGGCAGUUCGGAAGAGGAAGGAUUCGUUUCUGCUCACAGAAAUAAGUGUUGUGCUUCCUGCAAGACUAGGAAAACACCAUUGUGGAGAGAUGCUGAAGAUGGGACCCCUCUCUGUAAUGCUUGUGGCAUUAGGUACAAAAAGUACAGAAUAAGAUGUUUUUACUGCUGGAGUAUACCAAAGCAUGGUGGGAAACCUUUCCUACAUUGUUCCAAUUGUGGAGGAAAGUUGGGCGUGGCAACUGCCCAGCAGAAAACUGGAAAAAGAUGUGGCAAUUUUGUAAAAAAUUGCAAUUAGCCGGAGAGAAAAAUUUCUUUGAGGAACUUGAACUACUUGCCUGGGAGCCUUGCAUGGAUCAUUAUUAGAUAUACUAAUUGUAUUUCCAUAGAUUUUUUUUUAUUUUGGCUUUGUAUUUUGAUUCUUCCUGGAUAUUACUCUGAUAUGAAAUUGCAGAUAUACUGUAUGUUGAACAUUUAAUUUAAAUGAAUGUGUAAGAAGGUAGAAAAAAAGCAUGGAAUAUUUAUGAAAUAGAGGUGUUUCACCUGAAAUUUCAACAAUCCACACAGCUGAGGAGAAAAUACUGAAAUAUUUUCAAGUAAUUAUUCUUCCUAAUCACAUGGAUAUUCCUUUAAGGUAUAUUGAGUUAAUAUCAAUAUCUCAUUCACUCAUAACAUUUGGGGUUGAAUCUAUAUUAAUGGCAGUGCUAUUUAAUACUUUUUAGAGAGGUAUUACAAAAAGCUGCAAAACAGCUUUUUCCUAGGUUAUUUUUGGACAAGUAGGAGAGUGAUCUUAUUUAAAACAUUUAAUAAUUAGGCCACCAUCUUCUAAGAUUUAAAAAAAAAACAUAGUCCCAUGUGAUUAAGGGACUUUUUUCCUGAUAAUAUUUGUUAAUUUUACAAUAAAUAAUUACUAUAAAGGCACAAAGUGUAUACGACAAAGUAUUUGUAUAUUUAUAGUAAACUGUCAUGUAUUAUUCAGUAUGCAGCAACAUGAUAGUUUCUUAAUGAUUCAAAAGGCAUUCAUUCUCCAGGAAGAAUUGUGUUUUGUGAUAUUGUGCAGGAAUCUUUUUGAAGUAUAUUUGUUUUUGUAAAUAGCAUUUAUAUUAGAAGUUUGAGAUUGCUAUAUUCUCUAUAGAGCAAUGUUAAAAUGAAAAACAACAGAUCUGUAUCAUGAAAUAACCAAACCAAAUACCUUGAUUUUUUUUGGUAAUUAACUAAAAUUCUGUAAUUUACUAAAAUUGAAAAUUUUGUU